AACACUCCAAAACAAACAUUUUUUGCCUUUUCUCUUCUUCUCACUUCUGCGGUUCUGGUUUCAUUUGAUCUCUUUUAAAAGAGAGAGAGAGUAAAAGCUCAAAGCUAGCUUCUUCUAAGUCAAACAAAAGUGUCUUCUUUUUGGUAAAGAAGACGAAGAAAGAUGAAGUUCAUGAAGCUAGGGUCUAAGCCUGAUACAUUUGAAUCUGAUGGCAAAUUCGUCAAGUACGCUGUUUCGGAUCUUGACAGCGAUGUUACUAUUCAUGUUGGCGAGGUCACAUUUCACCUCCAUAAGUUCCCGCUGCUAUCGAAGAGCAAUCGGAUGCAGCGCCUGGUUUUUGAGGCGAGUGAGGAAGAAACCAAUGAGAUCACUAUACUUGACAUGCCAGGAGGACACAAAGCGUUUGAGAUAUGUGCUAAGUUUUGCUAUGGGAUGACUGUUACGCUCAAUGCUUACAACAUAACCGCUGUGCGAUGUGCAGCUGAGUAUCUUGAAAUGACUGAAGAUGCUGAUCGCGGUAACCUCAUAUACAAGAUCGAGGUUUUCCUCAACUCAGGCAUAUUCAGAAGCUGGAAAGACUCUAUCAUUGUGCUUCAGACAACAAGAUCUCUUCUUCCUUGGUCAGAAGAUCUGAAGCUUGUUGGUAGAUGCAUAGAUUCUGUUUCAGCUAAGAUUUUGGUGAACCCUGAGACUAUCACUUGGUCUUAUACACACAACAGGAAGUUAUCUGGACCCGAUAAGAUAGUCGAGUAUCAUCGUGAGAAGAGAGAAGAGAAUGUGAUACCGAAAGAUUGGUGGGUGGAAGAUGUAUGUGAGCUCGAGAUUGAUAUGUUCAAGAGGGUGAUGAGUGUUGUGAAAUCGAGUGGAAGGAUGAACAAUGGCGUAAUUGCUGAAGCUCUUAGAUACUAUGUUGCAAGGUGGUUGCCAGAAUCUAUGGAGUCUUUGACAUCAGAAGCUUCUUCAAACAAAGAUCUCGUUGAGACUGUUGUUUUCUUGUUGCCGAGGGUAAACAGAGCGAUGAGCUACUCUUCUUGCAGCUUCUUGCUAAAACUCCUUAAAGUUUCGAUCUUGGUUGGAGCUGAUGAGAAAGUGAGAGAAGAUUUGGUUGAGAACGUGAGCUUGAAGCUUCAUGAAGCGUCCGUGAAAGAUUUGCUGAUCCAUGAAGUCGAAUUAGUUCAUCGGAUUGUGGAACAGUUCACGGCGGAUGAGAAACGUGUAUCUGAAGAUGAUCGGUACAAGGAGUUCGUUUUGGGAAAUGGAAUUUUGUUGAGUGUAGGAAGAUUGAUUGACGCUUAUCUCGCUCUUAACUCUGAUCUUACACUCACUAGCUUUAUUGAGUUAUCAGAGUUAGUCCCGGAAUCAGCUAGGCCGAUACACGACGGUCUCUACAAAGCCAUUGACACUUUCAUGAAGGAACAUCCGGAACUAACAAAAUCCGAAAAGAAGAGGCUUUGCGGGUUAAUGGACGUGAGGAAACUUACAAAUGAAGCAUCAACGCACGCUGCACAGAACGAGCGACUUCCGCUGCGAGUGGUGGUGCAAGUUCUCUACUUUGAGCAGCUCCGAGCAAAUCACAGCCCCGUCGCGUCUGUUGCAGCUUCGUCACACUCGCCGGUUGAGAAGACUGAGGAGAACAAAGGAGAAGAAGCUACGAAGAAGGUGGAGCUGAGCAAGAAAAGCAGAGGAAGCAAGAGCACGAGGAGUGGUGGUGGAGCACAGCUGAUGCCGUCGAGGUCAAGGAGGAUCUUUGAGAAGAUAUGGCCGGGGAAAGUAGAGAGUAGCAACAAGAGCUCUGAGGUUUCGUCUGGAAGCUCACAAAGUCCGCCGGCCAAGUCUUCCAGCUCGUCGUCCCGGCGCCGCAGACAUUCGAUAUCGUGAAUCCAUAUGGAGAAACAUAAUUUGUAAAGAGAAGCUAUUAUUAUGGUUGUAACUUAUUAUAAGUGAUCUUAGGAUUUGUGGUAGUUAAACUAAAACUGAUGAAGUUGUGUUCUGCGUUUCUUUAAUCGUAAAGAUUUGUUAACUGUUUCAAUACAUUACUAAUGUCUGA